UUGAAGACGCGCAUGCGAGUUUUAGAUUCUAUCAGUAGGGAAAGUUUAUGUGUCAUUAUCCUAUGUAACGAUGGCAAAUGUUUAUGGGGGCAUGUGCGUGUGUCGUGCCGUUACACAGAGAGUCUGGCCCGGGCGAGGAUGUGCGAGGCUGUUCGUGCCUAGUUCCCGUAUGCCUGUGCCUUUGGGCCCUGAGCUAGUUAUUCCUUUUAGUCUAUCACACAGACAGCUUCACCUAUCAUCAGCACUGAAUAGGAAGAACUUGCUGAAUAAGUUCUCCUCCAAAUCCAAGAAGAAGUUCUGGUAUGAUAGCUCAUCCCUGGGAAAUCAGUUUGUAAAUAAGCCACCACUCUUGGCAAGCCUGAUGAGGGUACAACGAAAAGAGAAGAGAGAAGAUAGUAUCCGUAUCAGAGCCUUGAAUACAAUAUUGUACAAAGCAUUGACAGACUUGCUAAAAACAUCUGAAGUUAGUCAAGAAGUUAGUGAUCUUAAUGUGGAGCUCUCAAAGGUAUCUGUAUCUGUUGACUUCUCAGCUUGUCGUGCUUAUUGGAUAACUAGUGGCAAUGACGACAGAGACAGCACGAUAGAAAAGGUUCUUCAGAAGUUUGCCCCACGCUUCAGACAUCUUCUGAUAACCUAUCAAGUUCUCGGCAGUGUUCCACCAGUGGUGUUUGUCAGAGACAAAGAAGAUGCCAUGUUACAGAAGGUUCAAGAAUUAUUGGCAAUUGCAGAUUUUGGACCCGAUGAUGUGAUUCAGCAUGCAGAUAAAACAAGGGAAUUGUUCUUUCCUGAAACAGAAAAACCUGAAUACUCUGACAGUGUCUCCCCUUUUCCAACAAAUAACAUGUUUGGAAUUGACCAUGAAGAUCUCAACAGACAGAUUGUAGACUACAAGAAAAAAAUGAAAGACAGGUUAAAAGAACAUAAUGUCAUUGGACUGUCACAGCAGCAACAAGAACAGUUGGAAGAGAUAAAGAAACAUAAAGUAUUAAAGAAAAAGCUUAGAAAGCAGAAAGAGAGCCUCCGAUAUGAUGAUGAUGUCACACCACAAAAAUAUUUGCUGAGUAAAUACAGUGACCUGGACAUGGAUGAAGAAGAGAAGGACUCUAGUGAAAAUGAAUUAGAGACUGAGUUGCUGGAGUAUAUAGAAAAACUGGAAGUUGAUACCAAGAAUAAUCUGCUGGAAGAAAAGUAGAAUGAUCACAUUUAAUCUUUUCUCAUUUUGUAUAGCGCUUAUGACACACACAAAAAUCAUCUGUAAAAUACAUUUAAAUUUAAUAUAUGUACAAAUGUUUAAAAUAAGCCUUGGCCUGCUCAGGGAACCUACGCUUUUCCUCCUUUUUCAAUGAUCCCUCGCAUAUUGAAUGUGGUCAGGAGGAACAAGAUCUCUCUGGUUUUGUACAAAUGUUUAAAAUAAAAUUGAUGAUUUUGUAAAAAUGAA